GAUCUGUGUGUGGCUGCCAUCCAAAACUGAAGGGGAAUGCCCAUCUUCACCUGACACUGAUGGCUUAUCAGGUGAAGACCACAGAGCCCUCAAAAGUGCCCCUAAUGUGUUUCGUGGGCAUCAUCCCCCCACUCCAAAGGCACUGAGCACUGCAGAUCUCCCAUCCUUCUGUGGAGCCCCAGGUUCUGGUGGUGAACCCAGAGCCCUCCCUCUGACCACCUUGGAGCUCCCAGCUCACAACCAGAAGAAGGCCUCCUCCCCUCCCAGAAUGAAUGAAGCAGAAGUCCUUAACUCACAGUUAAAUGAUGCUGUGUACUACCAGGACAAAGAAGCUGUGCUGGCGCUGCUGGAGCAAGGGGCAGAUGUGAAUUCCAAGGUGGACCAUGGCUGGACACCCCUGCAGACCGCAGUGAGAAAGGGUGAUGAGGAGCUGGUCCGGCUUCUGCUGGCCAGAGGAGCUUCUCUGCACGCCAGGAAGGACAAUGGUGGCACUGCCUUUACUGAGGCAGGGAUCGCAGGGAACGUGGAGAUCCUGAAGCUCCUCCUGGAGCGUGGCUCAGACAUCAAUGAGCAGGACAACAACGGCUUCACAGCCUUCAUGGAGGCUGCGUGGUACGGGAAGGAGGAAGCCUUGAGAUUCCUCUACAGCAGAGGGGCAAAGGUGAACUUGAGGAGGGAGGCCAGCGAGGAGAGAGCCAAGCUGCACAAAGGAGGUGCCACAGCGCUGAUGGACGCUUGCAGGGAGUGCCACUUCUCAGCUGUGAAAAUCCUGGUCCAAGAGAUGGGGGCUGAUGUGAACAUCCGUGACAACAGAGACAGGAACGCCCUGAUCCACGCCCUAAAGAAGGACUCAGAUAAAAGAAGGCAUGAGUCACCUGUGCCCAUAGUUAGUUUCCUGCUGGAGCACGGUGUGGAUGUGAAGAGCAAAGAUGAAUGUGGGAAAACUGCCCUCAUCCUGGCUGUUGAAAUGGAGAGCCCGGAGCUGGUGACAGCUUUGUUGGAGAAGGAUGAGAUAGACAUUGAUGAUGCAGAUGAGGAAGGCAACACAGCCCUGAUGGUGGCUGUGAACAAAGAUAAUUGCAGAAUAGCAAAGCUGUUGUGUGAAAAGGGAGCGAGGACUGACCUUGGGAACCUGAUGAGAGUUGCAAGGAACAAUCGCUCUUCCAGCAUGGAAAACCUUCUUCGUGAGCACAAGGUCAGGCUCGCCCCAGAAACCCCCAGAGCGUGGGAGCCAAACAGCAAACGCUGGAGGGCCCAGCUGAAAAAACUUGAUCAAAUGUAUCGCCCCAUGAUUGGCAAACUGAAGACAUUUCCAUACUUCCAGCAGAAAAUUCAGGAUGGCAUCUACCUUGGGCUCCACGGAGGGACAGAGGUGGCAGUGCAAAUAACCUGCAGCACAGAGGGUGACAAAGAGAAAGAGUUCCUUGAAAAAUGUUCUCACAGCGAACAUCUACUGAAGCUCUUCCAGUCUGAGAAGGAAAAAGGCUGCAUGUACUUGUGCUUCCCACUCUGGGAGAAAAACCUCCAGGAGCACCUGCAGGACCCUGAAGACCAGAAGGAUUACAAAGCUGCUCUGAAGAUCAUCUUCCAAGCACUGAGAGAGCUGCACUCCCUCGGAUUUGCUCACCAGGAUCUACAGCCCGGGAACUUCGUAAUAGAUUUAGGUGGCAAAAUUUAUUUGGCGGACUUCGGUAGUAAAAGAAGGUUGAUUGAAGGCCAAGAAGAAUUUGUAAAGUCAGAUUUACAGGCCCUGGGCAGGCUCGUGCUCUACAUCUUAACAGAGGGUAGGAAACCCCUCCAGCAAGUUGGAAUUGAGGAUUUGGCUCCCAAUUCCCCAGAUUACACAGAGGCUCGGGACCUUGUACAAAGCCUGUUCUCUCCUGAUGAACGAGGCUUGGAAGGGUUGAGCAAACAUCCCUAUUUCUGGAGCAAUCAGAGCAGGUUCAACUUCCUGAAGAGUAUAUGGAAUAAAAUCAAAGAUGACCGAAAAAGAAAAAGUAUUUUUCGAGAUCCUAAGGCUUUUCCUUAUCCACAUUGGACCAAAAUGAUUGACAAAGAUGUUUUAUAUGUCAUGGAACACCCCAGGAAUGCAAAACCUACCAAAUACGGAAAUGAUGUCACCCAACUCCUGAGGCUCAUGAGAAACAUGGAUGAACACAAAGAUGAAGGGAUCACCAACAAAAUAGGCGACUAUGCUGAGUAUUUCCUGAAGGUUUUCCCAGAACUCACCACCUAUGUGUACAACAGCUUACGGCAGAACCCCACCUGCAGCCACCUCGCAGACUUCCAGGAGCCUUCUCUGUAGGAUGUCACUGCCUCCCGUGCCAUGUCUGAUCCCACCAUCACUCUUUUUAUUUCUGACUUAUUCACCUGCAGAAGAGCUGAAGAGGUGGGUAAGGAGUUGGGAUAAAGCACACCCAGGGACAGAGUACGGAGGACUUAAAUUAGGAAAGAUUCCAAAGAGUUUGGUGUAACAGCCAUGAGCUUUGGAUGCUCUGAUUUGCACUGUGAUUAUAUGUUGAUUAUGGAAAUAUGUUUCAGGUGUUGAAAAGGUUGUUUUUUGUGGGGUUUUUGUAUUUUUGGUGGUUUUCUGGGG